UGAGUUAGUUGUCACAAUCCAAACAACUCCGAAAACACAAAACACCCAAAAGAUAACACUAAAAAUACACAAAAAUCAACCAAAAAAACUUAAAAAUUUAAAUAAGCAAUAAAAAAUAAAAAAACAAAAGGUUCACCAAAGCACUCACCAUGUCCAAAAACCCCGAGUCCACGGAGGAAGCCUUGCAAGCCGCCAAGACCUCCAUGGAUGCCACAGACCAGUUGCAGGCUAACAAAUCUCCUGAGUCAGAGGUGGUACCUGAGGAUACCCCUAAGCUGGAGGAGGAUAUCCAACCAAUGUUUGGGGAACCCGUUUUACAGGAGGAGCUUGACCCAACUCCAGUUUUGGAGGCUACGGGGGAGGGCAAAGAUGCUGCGAUCACCGAGGACUUAACUAAACAAGCAUCUGGACAAGACGUAGGGCCAACGGCAGCGGAAGGUACAGAUGAACUUUCGCCAGAAGAAAAAAAGCUGAAACUGAAAAAGGAGCGAAAAGAACGCUUAAAAGACUUGGCCAGCACCCGCUUUACGUUGUCGGAAGUCCCCAUGCGAACAAUAAGUUUUACUGCGGAAAACACAGAAGAUAUGAGGGAAGUUUUGGUGGAGGGGGAGGAGGAAGAGAAACAAGAGAUCAUGGUUAACUUUGAUGAGCCCUUGGAUGAUGACUUGGAAACGGCGUCGACAGCAACAACGGACGAGUCUGAAGAGGACCUUUUCAAGAAGAUCCAGGGCCACAGAAUGGUGGACCUUUUUCCGGCAGGCUUUUCAAGUGCACCCGUUGAUAAAAGUAUUUUCUACAAGGAUCCCAAGUAUGACGAUUCGGAGGAUGCGAUGAGUAUCGCUGCCAUUAGCAUGAUAUCUAUGAGAACGUUGAAGCCGGCAGAUCCCGAUUCCGUCCAGUUGAAGAGCAACUUUCUGAGGGAUUUCGAUGUGCCCAGUCUGUCGGACAUAUCGGAGGAGCACGAGCUGAGUGCGCAGGUUUCGCGAGCGAUGUCUGCGGCUAGCGUCCACCCUGAGCAGGGCUUCUUCGUCGAUCCCACAUCGAGACUGAGCUCCCGCAGCAGCUCGUCAUCCGAAUCGUUAUUGGAUUUGGACCACGAACAGCACGAUGACAAGGAGGCUCCUGACAGUCAGGACGACUCCUUCGAUAUCUCCGACAUACCUGAAUUCGCCGAACUUCCUGAAUCUUCUAUCCCAAAACCGAAGGGCGUUACUUUGGAUGACUUCAGCGCCUUGAACAAAGUGGAGUUCGAUGAACGCUUCGAAGAAGAGGAUUUUGGCAUUUUGCAUGCCCGUACGGUCAAGAAUGUGGUCCGGGAAUUAAUUCUCGAUCUCAUCGAGGAGACUGCCAAUAAGUCGGACUACCAAAACCAGGAGACCGUGCUUCGGGCGAAAUAUGACAAGAAGAAGCUCUUGGACGGUAUCCAAAACAUAAUUGAUACCUAUAUGAUUGAAAAAUACACCAACGAAAUGAUGUCCAACCGUCUCACCGAAUAUUACAAACGUAACCGAAACGCCCGUGUCUUCGCCCCCCUUUCGGCGGAAAACGAAAAGCGGUACCAAGCCCGCUACUUUCACGCACUGGCCUUGCUCGACAGUCUUAAGGAACGGGUGAACGUGGCCAAGCACAAGCACGCCGUCCAGAUGAACAGGGUGAUCCUGGAUCUCCACUCCGCCCAGAGCGUUGCCUCGAUCACGGAGGAACGACUGGAGCACCUUUUCCACAAAUACCUGGUUCGACCGGAUUCGGAUCACCUGCGUCGCCUUGUGGAUCGCGAGCUGAGGCUCAUGUCCGUCAAGCGGAACGAGAUUAGCGACAGCAGGCUCUUCCUGAUCACAAGAAAACACACAUUGGCCAACAUAAUGGAUAAAAUCACUGCUCUGGAUACAUUAAGUGACACCGUGAACAUCAGGGACUACAUAUCCGUACAAAACGAAGUGUUUGCCCUCCAGAAGAAAAUCGAAGAACGCAAUAUCGAGCUGAAGAAGGUGCGAACACAAUUCCUCAUGGACGUUCACCUCACCCGACACAACCGAGAGAAGGCACUGGCACUGGGGGAAAAGUUUGAAGUUCGGAAGUCCGUGCUGAAGAAUGCCAUCGAUAAGCAGCGCCUCCUGCGCAAACGACUCUACCUCGUGAAACUGGAGCGCAUCAAGAUGCGCCAGCAGUCCAGGGAGCUGACCUUCCAGGGCGGCAUCCUGGCAAUGCCAUCGCUGAUGUACGACUUCGACAAAACUGUGGAGCGACUGAAGGAGAAACAGGAGACUGUGGCCAAGCUCAGGGAGACCAUGAAGGCACUCCAACGUCACGUCGACCAAGUAGAAGGCAGAAGUCUGUAGAAAGCAUUCACAUCCGACGACUCCAAUAAACAGUGCGAAUAAUAGCAUA